GAGCCAUCCUGAUGUACAUAAAUUCAGUGUGGAGACAGUGCAGUGGUAUCCUUUUGACACUGGCAUUUUUACAUCCAGCUCAUUUGAUAAAACCUUGAAAAUAUGGGAUACAAAUAAUUUACAAAUUGCAGAUGUAUUUCACUUUGAAGGAGCAGUUUAUAGCCAUCAUAUGUGUGCAGUUGCUACAAAUCAUUGUUUAAUAGCAGUUGGUACCAAAAACCCUGCAGUACAGCUCUGUGACUUGAAAUCUGGAUCCUGUUCUCACAUUCUGCAGGGUCACAAACAAGAAGUACUGGCAGUGUCUUGGUCCCCACAUGAUGAAAAUAUUUUGGCAACAGCAAGUGCUGACAGUACAGUAAAAUUAUGGGAUGUGAGAAGUGCAUCUGGAUGUCUGAUUAGCCUUGAUCAGCACAAUGGAGAAAAGUCUGAAGCAUCUUCUGAGGCAG